CACAAUACUUAUCUAACAAGCUUUGUUAGACAUAAGUGCAAUGUGAAUGGCUUCUGCACCUCGUUUAACACGGGUUUACGUGUUAUGUUCCGGUGUCGUUUUUCGCAGAUCUCUUUCACAUGACGUUAAAAGAAUGAGCGACAUGGGCACGAGUCGUUCUUCCCUUGAGAGCCUGCAGUUUGAUAAUGUAGCUCUUAGAAAGCUUCCUCUGGAUCAGUCCACAGAGCCGGGGGUCCGACAGGUACGGGGUGCCUGCUUUUCCAGAGUUCAACCAACACCUCUCAAAGACCCGAAGUUUGUGGCAGUCUCAGGUCCAGCUCUGGCACUUUUGGGUCUUGAUGCUGCUGAAGUCUUAAAGGACCCACUGGGUCCAGAAUAUCUGAGUGGGUCUAAAGUCAUUCCAGGAUCAGAGCCAGCCGCCCAUUGCUACUGUGGCCACCAGUUUGGCCAGUUUGCAGGACAGCUUGGUGAUGGAGCUGCAUGUUAUUUGGGAGAAGUGAAAGCUCCAGUAGAUCAGAGUCCUGAAUUACUGCAUGAGAAUCCUACUGGGCGCUGGGAGAUCCAAGUGAAGGGUGCUGGACUGACACCAUACUCUAGACAAGCAGAUGGGCGGAAAGUUUUGCGAUCCAGUAUCCGUGAAUUCCUUUGCAGCGAGGCAGUUUUUGCUUUAGGAGUGCCAACCACAAGAGCUGGAUCAGUAGUGACUUCAGAUACACGGAUCAUGAGGGAUAUCCGCUAUGAUGGGAAUCCACGUAUGGAAAGAUGCUCUGUGGUCUUGCGCAUUGCUCCCAGCUUUAUUAGAUUUGGAUCAUUUGAGAUCUUUAAAAAAGCUGAUGAGUUCACUGGGCGUCAAGGUCCAAGCUGUGGUCUCGAUGAGAUUAGAACCCAAAUGCUGGAUUAUGUCAUUGAGACCUUCUACCCAGAGAUCCAGCAAAGUCACUCAGACCGUGUGGAAAGAAACACUGCUUUUUUCAGAGAGGUGACUCUACGCACAGCGCGGCUGGUGGCUCAGUGGCAGUGUGUCGGGUUUUGUCAUGGAGUCCUGAAUACUGACAACAUGAGCAUCCUGGGCCUCACGCUGGAUUAUGGGCCUUUUGGUUUCAUGGACAGGUUCGACCCAGAGUUCAUUUGUAAUGCCUCGGAUAACUCAGGCCGGUACUCUUACCAGGCUCAACCAGCCAUAUGCCGUUGGAAUCUGGCUCGGCUGGCAGAAGCCCUUGACCCUGAUUUACCUCCAGACCGGGCCAAGCAGGUACUGGAUGAGUACCUGCCUCUCUAUAAUGGCUUUUAUCUCACCAUCAUGAGAAAGAAACUGGGUCUUUUAAGGAGGGAGGAACCAGAGGAUGAGAUACUCAUCACAGAACUCUUGCAGACCAUGCAUAACACUGGUGCGGACUUUACCAACACAUUCCGCAGUUUAAGUCAAAUUUCCUGCCCAAUGCAAGAGGAAGAAGAGAAGGAUGAUUGUGAGACUAUUAAACAAGCUGCAGAGCUGCUCCUGCAGCAGUGUGCCUCUCUAGAGGAGCUGAAGGCUGCUAACAGACCCACCAUGGAUCCACGUGAGCUUGCAAUGCUGCUGUCCAUGGCUCAGAGUAAUCCGACCUUGUUCCAGAUGUUGUCAGACAAGAGCACGUUGGUCCGGGAGCUUGAGAAACUUUCAAGAUUGAAGGAGCUGAUGGACACCAAUGAAGAACAGCUGAAGAGCAAGCAAACUGAAGACUGGAUAUGCUGGAUCCAAAAAUACAGACAACGGCUGGCCCAUGAGUGUGAGUCAGCGAUUGACGUGAAAGCUGUACAGGAGGUGAGAGUUUGCGUGAUGAACAACACCAAUCCACGUGUGGUACUCAGAAACUACAUUGCCCAGAAUGCAAUAGAAGCAGCUGAAAAUGGUGACUUCUCAGAGAUCCAGCAAGUUCUGAAAGUGUUGGAAAAGCCGUUCUCUGUUCAGGAAGGUCUUGAAAAGCCGAACUGGGUUGGAAGAAGAGGGAUUGAGGAACCGGGAGAGAGAGAUGAGACCGGAGAGGAAGGGAACGCAUCAGGAGGGCUCACGGGAUCAGCUGGAGCUGAGGCUCGUGUACAAGUGCCCUAUGACAGUAAGCCCCCGUCCUGGGCCAAUGAGAUCUGCGUCACCUGAUCAUCAUAAAACCUUUAUGACAAACUAACCUGCUCAUUAAAAAAGCUGGUAAGGUCUCAUUGAAGGUUUUUAAAGAGGUAUUAUUAAACUUCUGUCCACCAGUUCAAAACAUGCAUGGAGACAAUGUGGAGAGGUUAUUAUUUGGUUAUUUUCACAGUUUGUUUCUCAGUAUGUUGGACUGAUUAUAAUGAUGACUUAGACCACUAGUCUAACAAUGACAGGUCUCUGUCUGAUCGAUAGAAGUUAUGCCUCAAUAUAUUCAUAUAAUAAUUACUACUAUGAUUUUGAAUGUGGAAAAUGCUCGUAAGCGCACAAGCCGUUGAGCAAAGACUCUCCAAAGCUAUAACGCACAAAUAGACACAAGCCUUCAUUUAACAGAUAUCUGUCAAACUUUAAAUGGUGUAGUUAAUAUUUAGCACAUAUUAAGCAUUAAGUAGUACUUUUGUACCACUGCAUGGUGAUAUUGAUGGAACGAUCUCUGCUAUUUUUAUUAAAGCUUCACUAAUUCCUUUUGAAUGUGUCAUUGCAAAAAACAUCAUAAAUAAUUGGGAGUGGACAUUUUUAUUAUACGUUUACAUUGGGACGAAGGAAAUAUUUUCAUAUACUUUAUUAAUACCAAAUCUUGUUUAAAAUAUGAACAUCUGUACAGUUUUUAGAUGUUACAUUAUUUGUACAUUUUAUGAUCUGUGCUUAUAAUAUGCAAUGGUUCUAAGAUUAAAUAAUAAACAUACAUACAUAUCACAA